AAUUUAUUUUGUGAAAUAAAAAAUUUGUUUUUUGCUACACCUAUUUGUGCCGCAAUAAUAGUUGAAUAUUUUAAAAUUCCAUUCGAAAUUUUUCGUUUCAUAAAUUAUCCUCAAGAUGAAGCAGAUGAAUCGUAAGUUCAUACGAAACGUUCUCACCUUGCAGCGGGCCACUCGCCUGAUGAAUCUCCGCUUUGCAUGUGACAGUGCCGGAGGCGGUGGCGGUAAGGGCCUGGUGGUUGGCAUCUACAUGAAGGAGGGCGACAAGGAUCCAAAGUUUACGCCGUCCGGCGAGAAGUUCAAUGACCGCACCAACGGCAAGCUGAGGCAGCUCGUCUGCGAGACGAAGGUGGAUGGUCGGCUGGGGCGUGGCCGUGUGUUCAACAAUAUUGAUAACGACUUUACCUCUGUGGCCGUGGUGGGCGUGGGUCUGGAAGGCGUCGGCUUCAAUGAGCUGGAGAUGCUGGACGAGGGCAUGGAGAAUGUGCGCGURGCCGCCGGCGUCGGUGCACGAUCCCUGCAGCAUCAGGACUGCAACCUUAUCUCAGUGGAUGGUAUGGACUAUGCAGAGCAGGCGGCAGAGGGCGCCACCCUCGGCGUUUAUCGAUUCUCCGAUAACUUGCACAAGAAGAAUCGAAUGGUCGUGCCGCGCCUGGACCUGUACGACUCGAGCGACAUGGACGGCUGGACGCGUGGCGUAUUCAAGGCCGAGUCCCAGAACCUGGCCCGACGCCUCUCCGACGCGCCGGCCAAUUGCAUGACGCCCACCAUGUUCGCCCAGGCCACCGUGGAUGCGCUCUGUCCGUGCGGCAUCACCGUCGAGGUGCGCACCAUGGACUGGAUCGAAAUGCAGCGCAUGCAUGCCUUCCUCAUGAUUGCCAAGGGCAGCUGCGAGCCCCCCGUGCUACUGGAGAUCAGCUACUGUGGCACCUCGCCCGAGGACAAGCCGAUCCUGUUUGUCGGCAAGGGCAUCACAUUCAACUCCGGUGGCAUCAAUCUGCGACCCUGCACGUAUAUGGAUGAAUACCGGGGCAGCAUGUCUGCGGCCGCUGCGAUCAUUGGCAUGAUGCGUUGCGUUGCUGCACUCUCGCUGCCAAUAAACGUCACCUGCGUCAUACCCCUGUGCGAGAACAUGCCAUCGGGCAUGUCGGUGAAGCCCGGCGAUGUGGUCACCAUGCUGAAUGCUCGAUCGAUGGCCAUCCGGGAUGUGGACAAGGCCGGUGUCGUUGUGAUGGCCGAUCCCCUCAUCUACGGCCAGGUCUCCUACAAGCCGCGCCUCGUCGUCGACGUCGCCACACUUGGCAUGGGCGUGAAGAACGCCUACGGCGGCGGUGCGUCCGGCAUUUUCUCCAACUCGCACUACGUGUGGAAGCAGUUCCAGCGCGCCGGAUCCCUGACGGGCGAUCGCCUGUGGCGCAUGCCCCUCUGGCAGUACUACAAGAAGCAGGUAACCGACGAAACUGGCUACGAUCUGAGCAACGAUGGCCGCGGUCUGGCCAGCUCCUGCCUGGCAGCCGCCAUUCUCCAUGAGCUGGUGCCCUGUGCCGAUUGGGCCCACAUCGACACCCGCGGCACUGGCCUGCUGACCAUGUACGGCAUCAUACCCUAUCUGACGGCGCGCUACAUGACCGGACGCCCCACGAGAACCCUGGUGCAGUUCGUUUACCAGAUGGCAUGUCCCGAAGUCAAGUAGAAUGUCGAUCAUUGUGUUCGUGGUGGUUAUGUUCAUUUGUUUUGAAGUUGAGAAGUGAAGAUUAAUAGCGUUAAUUCUGUAUAAAAAGCUCUCAUGGCCUUGAAAGAAAGACGAAAUUUUGUGUGUAAUUCUGGCGUCAUGGUUCCCUGCAGCGCGGCAUAUUUCGCAUUUACUAUUUUCUACUCAAGAUACUUUGUACGAAUCGAUAGUGGUUGUCGAAUAUGCAUCUCAAAGAUACUACAUCAAGUUAUAUA